CUAUCCUUUGCAUCUAGCUUUGCGUAUGAGCAGCUUCCAUAAAUUGCAAAGUUGUCAAUUAUGAAUCUUAAAUCCCGGCAGGCUGUGGAACAUUGGAAAAUGCUUCUUCAUGGAUUACUCUUGGUUGUCCUUCUUGUGGCGGAAGCGGUCGCUGGAGCCACGCUGCGAAGACUGCCUCCCUUCCGACUCAGCCUUGGAGGAGGAACCACCGUCGCCAUAGACGGAUGGGGCUUCAGCGAGAACCAGUUCAACCACUUGAACGCGACCCUGGGGAACCGAGUGAUCUUCGAGAACAAGGGCGAGGCGAUCGAGUGCCCCGUGCUCUCCUUCCUGACCACUUCGACGAGGAUCGUCUGCAGCGCGGGGAAACCCCCGAGAUCGACUUCCGACACAGAAUACAAAGUCCGUGUCUACGUGGACGGAGUUCAGGCAUCGGGGGAACUCACCGCUCUGGUUAGUGCAAAAUCUACCGAACUUUUCCCGCUCUCUUUCGUGUGUUUUGUCUACGUCCUUAGCUUACCAUAAAGAUGGAAAUCUUUUUUUUUUCCACGAAACAUAUUGCAU